AUGUCCGUGUCCGACAUCCACACCACGCUUAAUGUCCUUAUCACGCUGGGCCAGGAAAUUAAAAAGCGACUCAACUCGCUUAACCAGGCUGCUGAGGAUCUCCAGUUACUUAUUGUCAACCUCCAGCUUUUGAUGACGGUAUUCGAAAACCCCGCCAAUGAAGACAUCAUCAGGGCACAUGUCUCCGAGUUUGUCGCCAUGUUGGACGUCCUGCAAAGCAUUGCAGAUUGUUGCGCAAAAUGUGCCACGGCGCUGGAUAUUGAACCCUCUGUGGAAAGGGAUGUCGGUGCGAAUAAAGAAAUAUUUGGAAGGAAACUUAUCCGGCGGAUAUGGGCCCUCAACAAGAUUCCUAGCUUGCUCGCAGACAUCCAGCGCAAGGCGGAGCAUCUCCAAAGAGUUUACAGCGCAGUUUCUGUUAUGAUCCUGCAAGAUGUGAAGACUCGACAGAGCGAGGCCACAGGGAGGGAGGUCGCGGGGUCCGGAGACCGUGUGGGACGGGACAUCAGGCCAGAAGACUUGCUCAACCGAGACUUUACAACAAAUUUUGCAAGCAUUGAUCUGUUGCUGGGAAGUCUCAUGCAGGAGUGCCAAAGCCUUCGGCAGCAGCUUCAAGAUACCAUGAUAUAUCCUGACAGGUCGGCCAUCGAGCACUACGAAAAGGACAACCCGGAGGGAAUGGCGUUUUGGAAGGAUCGGUUCCAGAAAAGAGAACUAAGUCUUUCUGCUUUUCGUUACGAGGUGCUGUACGUCUCUUGGGCACGCUUCAUUCACGAGGUGGAGCAGUCCUUUGUCCUGAACACCAUGCCGACGGCAGUAUAUGAAACUGGAAACAUAGACGUUAUUCGUCGGAAAGGGAGUCGCUAUUCCAUUAACCCAAAUGGCACGCGCCGACUUGCCACGACACGCGCUCUCUGGCUUCCUGCCCUUCAAUCGGCGCUUGAUCCUCUUCACAGAGGAUACGUGAAACCCCAAAACUAUUUCAGCUUUCUUGAAACCUCUUCCUUGUCCGAGAAGAUUCGAGCCUUAGCUUUGGAAAAUGCCGGCUACGGGAUGUUAGUGGAAUGUGAGCGAGACCCCAGCGAUAUUGCCCUUCCUGCGUCUAUCGAGUCCCCCGCUGGUCACGUAGGCUGGUUAUCUGCACAGGUCGUUACCGUCUCGACGCCUGAAGAGCUUGGAAUUGCCACGGAGAAAGAGGUUAUGGAGUCAAGCAAUGAAAACCUCUUUUCUUGCUUCAGCGGUGCCAUGCAGGAUAUUUAUGUCUACGUUCGCUAUCUCCAAACUGGUCAAAUAGAGCGCAAAAGUCUCUUGAGACAAAUCCGUCCGAUUGGGGGCAUUGCUGUCGGAGCAACCUUGUCGACGCGGCACGAGAUGGAAUCGGGUGCGCACGCCUGGGGACCUGACCAACAUGUCACGGAAUUCAAGGCCUGUUACGGGGGCAGGUAUACUAUUGCUGCAGGCGUUGGCGCAAAUGCUACACUGUUCUCCACAACUCCAAUAAAACAUUCGUUUGACAACAUGCUACGGGAAGAGGUUCAAAAUGCAACUUCUUCUCUUCCAGAGCUUGAAUACCUGCUGCUGGGGCCGUCAAGGACCUUUUCCACAGCCCCUUGCAUAGGCGAGAAAAUUCAACAGAUUGAAUAUGAUGGUUACUGGCAUGAUUCAAGAGUCACGGUAGUCGAGGAAGAUGAGGUCGAGUUUGUCGAUUGGUAUGAGGCACCAAUAAUAAGCGACCCUGGUAGUGCCGUUAGCCAGGACGGCAGAGCUAACGAUGAAGAGGACGGCUUUCGCCUGCUGUUUUCUUCAGAGCAGUUGACAACACUCGGAAAAGGCACGCGGCGUGUGUGGCGGCCCUGGCGUAGGAACAUGACCAGCUAUAACAUCCGACCUUACCGUUGUCUGCAUGUGGGUGACUUUGUUGAUGCGCCGGUCAUGUACCCGGACUUUCGACUCCAUUACCAUGACAUUAGCGACGCGCAGCUCUAUCUCCCUGCUCGAAUUAUUGAGGUUCAGGGCGAUCAAUACGUGGUCGAGUUCAGUGCGGCGCUUUUAGCACAUGAAUGGUGGCCAGGAAGGCUGCCCAAGGGGACGCCCAUUGAAGUAGUUCCACAAUCUGGCGUCACGAUUGCGAACCCUCACGACUUCAGUCGGUUAACGGUGAGCAUGGAUUUAGUACGUCCCCUCUCUGUCGGACCACGGCCUGUUUUGGGAAUUCAGUCAGCAAAGCCAGCUAGAUGGAGUUCAUUCCAAGGAGUGCGACUUGGCAACCUCGAGGAUCUUUUAGAACAGAGCCUUUGGGAAAAUGGCGGCUGCACCUGA